CACCCUGCGCCUGGAAGUUGGGGCACACUCUCCCUCCCCCGCACCUCUCACUUCUUUGGCCCCGAGGCGACCUGUGAUGAGGGUCUGUCCUAUUUCGGCCAGGAUGUGCCUGCUCUGUCGACCCCACUGGUCCUUCUUCUUCCGGCACCCUCGUUCUCUAGAGUCUAGGAGUUUGUAACCCCAGGGGUCCUCCCUCAGUCCUGAGGGGUCUGGGUCUCCUCCUCCAUCAGACCCAGGAGUCCUGGCCCUCAGCACGCCCUCCCGCAGUCGUGAGCCCCAGCUCCCCCGGGAUGUCCCCGAGGAGUCCCUCUGGGUUCCUUCAUCUGUGGCUGCUGUUUCUGUGCAGUGCCCCUGAGGCUCUCAGCUGCUGGGGUCCGCAGGAGGCCGUGCCAUGAAUGAGCGAAACAUUAGCCGGAGGAGGACAGGUGAGGAACUGGACCCCGCUCCACCCUCGGCCCCACAGCCGCUGCCCGCCGUCCCUGCCCUUUCCUCUCCAGGGCUGCGUGGUUGGGGGCUGGUCCGAGGCUCCUUGGGACUUCCCUGGGGUGACCCCGGCCUCUUUUUUCCAGUGAAGAAGGACAAUGAGGCCUUCGAGAUUUCCAUCCCCUUCGACGAGACGCCCCACCUAGACCCACAGAUCUUUUACAGUCUGAGCCCCUCUCAGGGAAACUUCGAGGAGCCUCCGGAGGCUGCGUCCCCGACCGUGGCCCUGAUGAACGGUGUCAGGGCCCAGCUGCACAUGGCGCUGGAGAGGAACUCGUGGCUGCAGAAGCGCAUUGAGGACCUGGAGGAGGAGCGGGACUUCUUGCGGUGUCAGCUAGACAAGUUCAUCUCCUCUGCCCGCGUGGAUGCAGAGGACCACUGCCGGCUGAAGUCUGGGCCCCGGCGGGCUGAGGGGGACGGCAGAGGCGGGGCUGGGGGCGAGGCCUCAGACCCCGAGUCGGCUGCCUCCUCACUCAGCGGAGCAUCUGCACGAGGCAGUAACGGGGAGAGGAAGAGGCAGAAGCAGAAAGGGGGCACUGGCCGGAGGCGCUUCGGGAAGCCCAAGGCCCGGGAGAGGCAGCGGGUGAAGGACGCCGACGGUGUGCUCUGCCGCUACAAGAAGAUCCUGGGCACCUUCCAAAAGCUGAAGAGCAUGUCUCGGGCCUUCGAGCACCACCGAGUGGACCGCAACACGGUGGCGCUGACCACGCCCAUCGCGGAGUUGCUCAUCGUGGCCCCCGAGAAGCUGGCGGAGGUGGGCGAGUUCGACCCCUCCAAGGAGCGUCUGCUCGAGUACUCGCGCCGCUGCUUCCUGGCCCUGGACGAUGAGACCCUCAAGAAGGUGCAGGCCCUCAAGAAGAGCAAGUUGCUGCUUCCCAUCACUUACCGCUUCAAGCGGUGAUCCCGCCCCACCUGGCCCGGGACAGGCCCCCGGCCCCUCUUUCCCUCCCCCUCCGCCUUCCCGGCACUGGUCAAGCGUGUGUAGGAGUGGUGGACCCUCACGAGGGCAUGGGGCGGGUGGGUGGCCUGUUUCUGCGCGUGCCUCUCUCCUUCCCCUCCUGCGGACCGCCACCCCCUCCCCGGGUCCCCUGUAUAUAGAUCUGCCCCUUUGCCUCUCUCAUUCCUAGCAUCCUCCCCGUCCUCCGCAUUCCCUGGGGUGGGGGCGGUCCAAGAACUACUGUCCAGGGGCCGGUUUCUGCCCUUUCCUAAACACUGGCGCCCCCUCCCACCUGAGCGGCACCGUCCUGCCGUCACCCGGUCCUUGCUCCUGGGAAAACUGCGGGACUGCGGGGCGAGGGCACUGUACAUACCCCGUUGCCGCCCCCAGCCCCGAGGAGAGGCUGGCCCACCUGCCCGCCCUGCAAGGAGCUCCCCAACGCGUUCCGGGCCCGCCCCGAGUCCACGUGAGACAGAGAAUUAUUAAGAGAAUUUAAAUUAAAAAGAGAUGAUAAAAUUUGGAAUAAA